AUGACUCAAAUUGGCUGGUAUGGCCUCGGCUCCAUGGGCCUCGCAAUGGCAAGCAACCUACAGCGACACCUGGCCUCCAAAAAGGCACUGAGCCUGCUCUAUUCCAAUCGCACCUUAUCGCGCGGUGCACCACUGCAAGCUCUCGGUGGUGUUCCCGAGCAAAGCUUCGAUAAGCUUGUCUCCCGCUGUGGCGUUAUCUUCACCAUGGUUGCAAAUGACUCUGUUCUACAGAGUCUCGUCUCUUCUGCUGUUGAAUCUGGCCAUUCUCUCAAAGACAAGAUCUUUGUUGAUUGCUCGACCGUUCAUCCUGAGACGGUGAGCUCUGCAAUUGCCCAGCUGAAAGGACCCGGGGCGUCGUAUGUUGCCGCGCCGGUCUUCGGUGGGAAUCCCAUUGCUGUGGAUGGAAAGCUUGUGUUUGCGAUCGGAGGUCCUAAGAGUGCGACUGAUGUCGUGAAGCCGCUUAUUCAAGAUGUGAUGGGUCGCAAGGUGAUUGAGUGCGGUGAGGAUGCGACUAAGUCUUCCUUGUUGAAGAUUGCGGGAAACAUCGUGACUGUUAACAUGAUGGAGGCCGUUGGUGAGGCACAGGUCUUCGCUGAGAAGACAGGGCUUGGAACUGGUCCCAUGGAAGAUUUAAUUGGCGAAGCAUUCGGUCCUGUGGCUGGUGGAUAUUCUAAGAGAUUGACAACUGGGGCAUAUGCACCACCCCUGGACUCACAUCCUGGAUUUGGCGUAUCAUUAGCCAUUAAGGAUGCUAGACAUGCGAUGACGAUGGCGCAGGAACGAGGUGUUCAACUUCCUGGUCUUGAGCUUGCUCGUGCGAAUAUGGAAGCUGCUAGGAAUUUUGGUGGUGAAUGCCUUGACAGUAGCUCGAUGUAUGGAGUACUGCGACAAAAGGCUGGCCUUGCGUUUUGGAAUGAGAAGAGCCGACAGUCUUAG